AUGAUCAAUUAGGCACUCAAUCUACCUUUAGGAAAAGAAUAAAUCCUCAACAAGUACAAAGAAAUUUCACAAAUAGAAACUUUAAAAUAAAUACUAGGCAGCUAUUAAGAUUAAUUUGAAAAUUAAGAAAUAAAAUGCAGAGCUUUUUUAUCUGAAAUUGAAUCCAAAAAAGAAGAAAAUACUCAGCAACUUCAAAAUCUACUUGAAUAGUGCCAGAGAAAAAAUUAAUUAAUUAAUAUUUAAAAAUCUAUGACUAUUAAACAAUCAAUCUAUACUUUAAUAGAUUCAAUUAAUUUCUUUCCAAACGAUUCCAAUUAAUUUAAUUAAAGCAAUAUCAAUCCUCUUAAUAAUCAAAAACUUAGUAGCACUUAACAAAUAAUUGAAUUAGUUUCUAAUAAAUCUAAUUUUUGUUCAUAGGAAUUUUUGGAACAAUUGAGAGUAAAUCUCGAAAAUUUAGAUGCAAUAUUUAAUUAAAUAUCUUUUGAGAAUAUGUUUUAGUAAAAUAAAUAGCCUAUUCGAUUUUAAGAAUUAAAUAAUUAAAAAGUUGAAGAAAUUAAUGAAUAUAUUGACCAUUUGAUAAAGUUAUAUUUUUGUUUAAAUAUAUCCUCUGCUAAACAAAUUGGGAGUCCAAGAAAUUUUCAGCAGUCAAGGAGAAUUUGA